UUAAGAAAUAUUUGUAAAUACUGUUUUUUUUUUUUUGUUCUCUUCAGAACACAUCAUGACCUUCGCCCAUGCCACUGGACUGGGUUGGCUGUCACCUACAUUAAAUAUACUUCAGUCACCGGCGUCACCGCUCGAUUUCCCGGUCACAACAGAAGCUGCCUCCUGGAUUGGUUCUACAUUUGGUUUGGGCUUUAUAGCAGGAAAUAUAUUCUUUGGCCUUACGCUGGAUCGGUGGGGUCGCAAAGUGAAUAUGUACAUUUUGGCUUUUCCGCAUAUGAUUUUCUGGAUACUCAACUACUUGGUGCAAUGCGUUGAACAUUUGUAUAUAGGGCGUUUCUGUGCUGGACUAGCAAGUGCUGGCAUUUUUUUGGUUGUGCCGAUUUUCAUAAGCGAGAUUUCCGAUAAAGACAUCCGCGGCGCGCUCACUGCCAUGGCUAUGAUGUUCUUCAGUUCCGGCUUGCUAGUUGGUUACAUAAUGGCCAGCUAUUUGGACUACUAUCUCAUACCCUGCAUCAUAGUUGUACUACCCAUUCUAUAUCUGAUCGGGAAUUCGUUUCUACCGGAGACGCCACAGUGUUUGCUAAAGCGCGGACGUGAGCGCGAGGCUGAACAGUCCUUCAAUUUUUACAAGGGCAUCGAGUUCCAUGCUUACCUAGAGAACACUGCUUCAGCACCACCAACGCCCGUUAGCGAAUUUGAUGAACUGAGAGCAACAAUCGAGAAAGGUGGUCUGACAACGCCACUCACGAUGAAAGACUUCUUCAACAAAGCGACACUCUUCAAUUUCUUCACUGCCGCAAUCUUGUGUUUGCUCAAUCAACUGUCGGGUAGUUUUGCAAUCAUCAAUUAUAUGGCAAAUAUUUUUGCCGCUUCCGGUUCGACUAUGGAUCCAAAUGUUAGCGCCAUUAUUAUGGGAUUCGUGCAAAUACUGGGUUCUUUGUCGGCCACCGUAUUGGUGGAGCGUUUCGGUCGUCGGCCUUUGCUUUUAUCCUCGGCGGUCGGCAUGAUGGCUGGCAUGUAUGGUUUUGGCGCAUUCGUGCAAUUUACCGAUGCUCAAACGAAGGCCACAUACAAUUGGGUGCCAAUUGCUUUUAUGAUGUUGGUGGUGUUCACAGCCGCUUAUGGAGUCUUUGGAAUUUUCUUCACAAUUGUAGUUGAAAUACAUCCGGCAAAGAUUCGUCCGCAAGCUCUAUCGAUUUGUAUGCUAUUCAACAGCAUUCUGGUAUUCAUAACUUUGAAGCUAUUUCCCUAUUUCCUUUUUAAUUUGGGCAUCACAAUUACAAUGUAUUCCUGUGCCAGCGUUUGCGUGAUUACAGGCAUUUAUCUGUACAUUUUUCUGCCGGAGACUAAAGGCAAAUCAAUGGAGAAGGAUUAGGAAGAAAAAAGUGGUUAUUGAAAAUUGUUUUUAAGGAACAAAGAAAAUAUUUAAUUAUUUUUUAUUGG